GUGACUUGCAGAUCCUGGACACCGCCACGGUCAGGUUCGAGCCGCUGGCUCGGGGCAGACCUGUGCCAGAGAGGUGUCGGAACGACUGCUUCCUUUUCGACCCGAUCCCUGUUCGGGAGCUCAGCGAGGCCAUCGCGCGUGCGAAGGUGCUGGCCGACAUCGCUGGGGAAGACAUCGAGGUGGACGACGCCGAGGUCUGGGUGGUCUCUGACACGUCCCACCCGCGGUUCGGGGAGCAGGUCGAGCCUGGCAUCUUGGACGACGCUGGGCGGGCCCUGCUCCGGGACACCAAGGGGGUGGUGCAGCUCGACGCCAACGACGCCUCGACGGAGGUGCACGUGGAGCGCGUCAACCAGAACGACCUGGCGGACUGGAAGAGUCGGGUCGGCGGUGGAGGCGACCUGCGACUCCUCGGCACCUUCCGCACGACAGGGGGCAAGCGCUUCCUCCAGGCGAAGGACGCAGUCAGCAAGCUCGAGGAGACUAAGUUCGACGACUUCCCGUUUGCUGACCCGCGUGCGGUCAAAGAGUAUCUGGGCGGGAUCUUGGAGACCACCGAUGGCUCGUUCGACAGCUACCAUCAGAACUGGUGCGUGGCGGCCGGGGUCUCGCCCAACAGUGGGAUCGCACAUGACCAUCGCAUCAUCCUGGAGGCGCUGCGCUUGGGGCUCACCUAUGACCAGUACAACCUGGCAAACUCUGCCAUGGGCGAGCAGCUCGUCAGGAGGCUCAUCCAACAUGAGCUCGCGGUGGAGAAGGACGCGAAGCACCCCGACUACAGCGGGCUCGGCUACAUGUUGGCGGGCUCGACUGAGGACAAGGGGCGCGUGGCCGUUCCCAAGUUCACCAGGUGGGUCGCCGAGAAGCAGCACCAGCGGGCUUUUACCCUCAAGCAGUCUCGUCUACUUCGGGAGGAGCGGGCUGCCGAGGACAAGAGGCGCGGCGGCGGCCAGAAGGGUUUCAAGGGCGCCCCCAAGGGGAACAAGGGCGACGCCGCCGACGGCGGCAAGGGAGGGCAAGGAAUGCGCGGGCAACCUGGACAUCAAGACCAGCGUCUUGUCGAGUCAGUUCGCUCUCUCAAUUUCCUGUAUCGCACCAGAGUAUGUUCAGACGUGAACUGCCUAUACCGUGGCAGUUCGGGCAAGGCCUCUUCUUCGCAGAUGUCCAUCCUGAAGUCUCUGGAUGACCGCAUCUCUCUCUACGGCGAACGGCCGCGAGACCUGACCCCGCUGAGCGCGCUCAACGAAGUGUGCAAAGCGAAAGACCUGUACACGCAGGAGCCACAACACAUGGCGCCGUACCUUCCUGACAAGCUGAAGGUGACGAAGGGCGCCACCACCCCGCUCCCUUUAGAGUCCGUGCUUCCUCCCGGCGCGCUGCGGCUGGCGACGGACUUCAAGAAACACGCGUUGAAGAGUGAGAGCGAGCUUGAGGCAGAUCGUUUGAGAGGCGUCUCUGUCACCCCGUACUGGUGCCCGGACCUGCGGCGACGCAUCUUCUCGAGGGUCUCAAUCUUCUUCGUCUGGAAGAAGACAGGUAUGACCAGGCUGAUUGUGGACGCCCGCUCGACCAACGAGAAGUGCCGGAUGCCCCCUCACACUGACUUGGGCACGAUCGCCGCCUUGGCGGACGUGGAUCUCAGCCUGGCCGAGCUCUCCGACAUCGCGGACGCCGAGCUGAGCACCGAGGAGGAGGCCGAGCUACUCAAGGGGCAGGGCGGGCUUUUCUCUCUCCCUUUCUCUGGGAGCUCUCUGGACGUGGUCGACGGCUUCUACCAGUUUGACAACUGGCGUAUGGCGAGCUGGUUCGGGAUGGAUGAUCCCGACGAGGCUGGCGUCUACGGAGUCACCGAGGUCUGGGAUGACGACCUCGAGAAGAUGGUGCCGCUGCAGCCCACUGACAUCGUGUGCCCCUGCUUCAGAGCGCUUAGCAUGGGUUUUACGUGGGCUCUCUAUUUUUGUCAUUCAGCUGUGGAGCAUAUCGUCGCUGCCGGGGUCCCUGGAGGCGCCUCUCGAGCUGCUCGGGAGAAGCACCGGGCGCCGCGGGCCUCGUUUGCAAGUCCGAUCACCUCGACCUACGUCGACAACGCGGCCCUGCUGUCUGCUAAUACCAGUACUUCAGACCUACAGACUGUUCUUCAUCAGUUCUCUGCGCGUGACAUGCGCACACACGACAUAGUAGAGCACACCUUUGCGCUAGAGCACUUGGGCGCCAUCUUCGACGGACAUCGUCGUCUUCUGCAUCACCAGCCGCGCCGAGUGUGGCGAGUGUACCUGGCCGGCAAAGAACUACUCCGACGUCGGCGACUUCGAGGUGAGGUCCUUCGAGUCUGGAUCGGCCACGUGGUGCACCUCUUCAUGCUCAACAGGCCGGCGUUGUCCUGUCUGUGGGCAGUCUACCAGUUCAUCCAACAUGCACUCGAGCGGCGGUGCCGGGUGUGGGGCUCUGUGCGCCAGGAGAUUAAAGUGAUUAUGGGUCUAAUCUUCCUCUGCCAGCGCGACCUGAGUGCUCCUCGGCUGCGGAUGGCCUACUGCUCUGACUCCUCUGACCUGGGGUACUGCUUGGCGGUCACGAGCGCUUCGGAUGCGGAGCUCAGAGAGGCGGCAGCUUAUCACGAACGAUGGCGCUUCAUCGAGGAUCGGUUGGACCCGCGGUGCGAGCUGGUCCCCUACCUCGAGCUCUGCGACAGCGCUGGCCUCUCGCCCCUGGGGGGCUCGCCAGAGCCGUGGCAAGAGGCGCCCGCACUCGGUGCCAACUGGGACCCGCCCGAGCGCUGGAAGACCCUCUUCGAGCGGAAGUGGAAUGACCCAACUGAGCACAUCAACACCAAGGAAGGCAGGGUGAUGCUGGCGGGGCUUCGGCGUGCCUGCCGCAACCCGCGCUGCCACAAGAAGCGGCUCCUCUCCCUCUCCGACAGCCUGGUCGCCUGUUGCGCCUUUGAUCGAGGGCGUGGGCGAGGCACGGAGAAGACCAACUGGGGCCUUCGCUAUCUUGGCCAACGGGCAGCAGCUCUGCAGAUCGCCUGCGACAUUCAGUGGGCGACUCGACACCUCGAGGGAGUUCGCAACCCCACGGACGCGGGCUCUCGCCGUUUUGACGGAGGUGCUGACCCGACGGAGAGGGCACGCAACCUCGGCCUGGAGCGAGGCGGUCAUGACAUGGACUCGGGCCCCCUCUCCGGGCUCAUCAAGGAGGCCCUCACCAUCGAGUACGGCGCCCCGCAGGACUUCUACGGGGCCUCCCACGGGCACCUCAAGGGCUUCAGCGUGUUCUUCGGCUCUCGGCAGGACCUCUUCGGGGACUCCAUCAAGGUGCUCACACGCGUUCCAAGUGGAGAAGGUAUCGAGCUCUCGAAAGGCCCCGAGUAUGACCUCUUGGACCCCGGCAUCAGGCUCGGCGCUCGGCGACAGCGUCUCGCGCGACCGCCGGCUGUACGACACGGACCUGCCCCUCUGCCUCGGAACCUGGUCGAGAACAGCGUCUCGGCCGCCACCCUGCACACCUACAAGGCGGAGGUCGGCGAGUUCGAGGCUUGGGCAGCUGGCAGGGUGCGCAGCCUCCGCACGCACGAGGCGGCAGACUCUGCGAUGUCGGACUACUUCGAGUGGCUCUACGCCCAGAGAGAGCAGCCGCAGAUCGGCAGGUGGGCCCUGUACGGCUACGCGCUGCUGAGGCUCUCGCAUCUGGGCCGCGGAGGGCACGUCCUGCCCAAGGCCAAGGCAGCUCUUCGAGGUUGGAUUCGCCAGAUGCCUGGUCGCAUUCGUGACCCUUGUCCCAUCGAGGCGGCCUGGUUGAUAGUUCAGUGGCUUCUUCUCAAGAACCAAGCUUUCUACUUCUGGUGUGCCCUUGCUGUGGUGUUGCAAGUGGAUACCUAUGUCCGCCCGGGCGCCCUGAUGAGCAUCAAGCGAGAAGACCUACUGCCCCCAAUUCGCCAACGUGGCUCACGCUACACCGAUUGGGGCCUCGUUCUCUCUCCUAGCACCCGAGCUGGCAAGACCAAGUCUGGCGAGCAAGAUGACACGUUGGUCAUUGGUAUCCUCGACCGCACCUUCGUGAAGGACGUGGCCGCUUUCUUGCAUGGGUCCGCUCACGAUGGUGAGCGGGUUUUCCGCCACCUCACACUCCCGUCUUACGAGAAGUCCAUCAAAGAAGCCUCAGAGGCGCUGGAGCUGGAUGCCCUGAGGAUUGUGCCGCAUUGUUUCCGACACACUGGCCCUUCGACUGAUGCCUAUCUCAAUGCCCUCAGCAUCCAGCAGAUUCAAGAUCGUGGUAAAUGGAAGUGCCCCGCCUCGGUGAGGCGAUACGAGAAGCACGCAGCUCUACUACGUCAGUUGCACAAAAUGACACCCCGCCAGCGGCGGGAUGCUAUUGCUGCCGGUCGCCAACUCCCGGACCUGCUCAAGCACGCUUUUCGCCAGUAUCGUUAA